AUGACAAACACUGACGAGUCAUUGUCUAUGUAUUUUGACGAUGACUUCAAUCCAUCCAGCUACAUUGACAAACUUGUGAAUUCAAUAACCAAUCUGAAUCCAGCUAGCUCGACAACACCAGUUUCGGCAUAUUCAAAACAGUCGUUAACAAAACUAUCCAACGACAUAUCCCAUUUGAUAACUCAUCUUGAUUACUAUACGAACAUGUUAACCAAUGAUAGCUUACAAAAGAAACUAGACGCAUUAGAUAAAUCAAAUGAAAUAAUUAAUAAUAAUGAAGAGAGUGGCACCACGAGAUUGCAAUAUAAUGUACAUGUUUUCAAUAACGCCGUGUUGUCUUUACAAACAGAGUUGAAUGAGAUCAAUAGGCAGUUGGACGAGUCAACCAUAAAUAAUGAAGCUAUUCUGAAACUAAUCCAAUUGAAACAAGUCAAAUCUAACCUUACAAAGGUAUUACAUAUAUUUGAGUUAGUCUACAAUUCAAUAUCUCAAGACGACGAACUAUCUUUCACAGUUGACAAAUUUCAAAAUGCUCUUGAUGAGUUAUUUGCCUCAAUAAAAAAUCAAUUAGAUACCAGUGACAAAAAUGUCAAGUUAUUAGCACAAAUUGAUAAACUACUAGAAAUGAAUGGUUUAUUUACACAUUUGUCAAGAUUCAAUACUGUUUUUAAGAAAUUUCUUACCAAACUAUCAAAUGAAAAGGAGGUAUAUUUAAAUAGCAAAAGGUAA